AAGAGUGUACAUUACAUUUUGGUCAAUGGAAAGAAUGAUUCUUGGGUGCUGGUCAGUGGGAAGAAUGCUCCUUACAUUGGGGGUCAGUGGGAAGAAUGUCCCUUACAUUGGUGAUCAGUGGGAAGGAAUGUCCCUUACAUUGGUGAUCAGUGGGAAGAAUGUCCCUUACAUUGGUGAUCAGUGGGAAGAAUGUCCUUACAUUGGUGAUUGGGAAGAAUGAUCCUUACAUUGGUGAUCAGUGGGAAAAUGACAUUGCAGUCCUUACAUUGGUGAUCAGUGAGAAGAAUGAUCCUUACAUUGGUGAUCAGUGGGAAGAAUGAUCCUUACAUUGGUGAUCAGUGAGAAGAAUGCUCCUUACAUUGGUGGUAAGUGGGAAGAAUGAUCCUUACAUUGGUGAUCAGUGGGAAGAAUGUUCCUUACAUUGGGGGUCAGUGGGAAGAAUGAUCCUUACAUUGG